AUGAGGAUCCUAAGUUGGAACUGUCGGGGGCUUGGGAACCCCCGAACAGUUCAGACCCUUCGCAUGAUAGUAAAGGAGAAGAUGCCUGAUGUGGUUUUCCAUAUGGAAACCAAACUCCCAUAUGGUAGAGCAGAUGGGAUUGCAAAGACCUUAAAGUUUGAGGGCUGUUGUGUUAGUGAGGCGGUUGGUAGAAGUGGAGGUCUUAUCCUACUGUGGAAACAAAAGGAUCAGGUAGAGCUAGUUAAUUUCUCAAGACAUCAUUUUAAUGUUUUGGUAAAUGACACUCAGUGUAACUUUAAGUGGUUACUAACUUGUUUUUAUGGGCACCCGAAUGCAAAUUUGAGAAAACAAACCUGGGAUUUAUUGUCAUCUUUCAAGCCUAGUGAAGGGGGUUGGGGGGUGAUAGGGGAUUUUAAUGAGAUCUUGUUAAAUGAUGAGAAAGAGGGGGGAAGAGGCAGGAAUGAAAACCUCAUGAAAAUGUUCAGGGAGCUGAUAGAAGAAGGGAAUUUGAUUGAUCUGGGAUGGAAAACAAACAAAUUCACAUGGUGCAACCGACAUGAAGAUGAGUCUUUCACAAAGGAAAGACUAGACAGAGCUUUAGCAAACCUGAGGUGGAAAGGAGUUUAUACAGAGGUUUCAGUGGAAACUCUUCCAGUUAUCUGUUCUGAUCAUAGCCCAAUACUACUUUCCUGUAGUUUUGAGAGGUGCUCAGAUUACAGAUUUCACUCUUCUUUCAAGUAUGAAGCCAAUAGGAUAAAUGAGAGGGGCUGUAGAGAGGUAGUUUCUGAAGCAUGGCAAGGGAGUCAUAGAGGGGUGUCUGGUUUGGAGAAGGUUUUUAUAUAA